GGCCAGUAUAAGAAAGGAGAACCUUUACUUCACAAGCUCUCUGUGGAGUGAGCUAAUGACUGUCACAUUCAUACAGCUGAGUGUCUUCCCAAACAAAGUAGCUGAUGCUGGAGACAGGCAACGCCACUGUGAUGCAGGGCUUCAACAAGUCUGAGCGGUGCCCCAGAGACACUCGGAUGACCCAUCUGGUGUUCCCAGCCCUCUACACGGCCUUGUUCUUGGCAGGCAUCGCGCUGAACACCUUGGCCCUCUGGGUGUUCACUCAUAUCCCCAGCAAUUCGACUUUCAUCAUCUACCUCAAAAACACUCUGGUGGCAGACUUGAUAUUGACGCUAAUGCUUCCUUUCAAGAUCCUUUCUGACUCACACCUUGCACCCUGGCAGCUCAGGGGUUUUGUGUGUAAAUUUUCUUCUGUGGUCUUGUAUCAGACCAUGUAUGUAGGUAUCAUGAUGCUGGGCUUCAUCGCUUUUGACAGAUUCCUCAAAAUCAUCAGACCCUUUAGAAAAAUUUUUGCAAAAAGGACUGCUUUUGCAAAAACAGUCUCAAUUGUCAUCUGGCUCCUGAUGUUCUUCAUCUCCCUGCCAAACAUGAUCUUGAACAAGAAAGCGACGCCAUCAUCCGUGAAGAAGUGUGCAUCUCUAAAGAGCCCCCUGGGGUUGCUGUGGCAUCAAGUAGUCAGUCACACAUGCCAGGUCAUUUUCUGGACUGUGUUCGUCCUGAUGGUAGUGUUUUAUGUAGUGAUUACCAAAAAGGUAUACGACUCCUAUAAAAAGUGUAGAAGUAAGGAUGGCAAGCACAAAAGGCUGGAGGUGAAGGUAUUUAUUGUCAUAGCCGUCUUCUUUGUGUGCUUUGCCCCAUAUCAUUUUGUCAAAGUUCCAUAUACCUACAGUCAGACCAGCAACAAGACUGACUGUAGAUUAGAAAACCAACUGUUCGUUGCUAAAGAAACAACUCUCUUUUUGGCAACAACUAACAUAUGUAUGGAUCCGCUAAUCUACAUAAUCUUAUGUAAAAAGUUCACAGAAAGGGUACCAUGUAUGAGAGGGAGGACAAGGUCAACAGCAACAAGCGAGGAGCACCACAGUAGCCAGACAGACAACAUCACCCUAGGCUGACAACUUCCUCUCACAUGUAAAUUUUACACAAGGCUUGGCUUCUAUUUAAGGAUGGGACUUCAAAAAGAUCAUUUCCUUGGAGACUUCACUUAAGCAUUACAGGGGGGAAAAAGGGGGAAACAAACAGUUUCCUAGGUUUUUAUUAUCCUAGAGUAUGGAAAAGAUUAUGCAUAUUUUAACCACAUAGAUUUAUUUAUAAGCAGAAUGAAUUAACAUUAAGAGAAUGCAUAGGAAAGCAAACGGCCACUAGAUGUCAUCUUUUCAAGAGCAUUCAUGUAAUAUGGAAACGAUUAAUGGGAGACAGAUAUGCCUAAUAAAACCUCCCUUCUAUCCACCAUUCCACAUUCUCUUACACACGAUUCCUAAAAUGGUAAGGUGAGUUUUAUAGCCUUCAUAAUGCUGACAGUUGUGAACAUAAACCAACAAACUUGCACACUCAAUGCCUGUGGAAGAAAAGCUAGGGCAGGGAAUGAAAGAGAAGUAGUCUGAGGAACCAAAGAGGGUCAAAAGUGACCCCAGGAAUCCCGAAAGAUUUUUCCGCUUAUAAGUGCAAAGGGUCUCUCCCACAACUCAACAGAGCACUAGAAGAGACCCAUACAGCAGGGAAAGCCAGUUUACAGCCAUGUGCAGCCUGAGAGGGGGAAGUCAGUGUCAGCCAGCAAAAUCUUCCUGGGCAAAAGUGCCUGCACCCCUGAAGGAAAAUAAUUACUUCUUCCACUGUUUGUCUAUACAGUAGGAUUGUUGUUAAACAUUUUCUUAUACUAGUUUGCUAAAAUUCUGGACCAUAUUUCCCAAGGACAGGGUUCUUAAAAAGAUAGAUAUAUCACAAACUUUUGGUAUCUUACAAUGUGCCCACUCCCCCAGCACCAUUAAAAAGGAAUGCAGAUAUCCUAGACAGUAUGUACUAUACUUGGUGCAUAUAAGCAACAGAAUGGUUGGCCUAUGAUUAAUAACAUCAAUGUGGGAAAAUUUGCAAAGUCUGAUUCACUUUAUUUAGGCCCAUCCACUUCCCUGGAUCUCUCUGUGGGUAAAAAAAAAAAAAAAAAAAAAAAAAGUAAAGUAUGUUUUUCUAUCAUUGUGGAUGUUGAUAUUUAGCUUUUCUAGAAAACAUGAGGACUCUCCCUCUAAUGUGUCCCACCAAAUAAAGUCUAGGGUACUCUCGUUCCAUGGUCUAAAGGCCACAGAGGCAAGAGAAUGUCCUUAUCCUUAUGGAAUCAUCUGCUAACAGUACUUCCACUCCUUGACCUUUGCACUCUGUUUAAUAUGCUGUGUUUUUGUCCUCACCCCACUGUGCACAUAACCUUCCCUCUGACUGACAUCGUGUUCCUGCCUACUGGUGAAACCCAAAAUUGUUAUCACUUAAUCCAUGCAAUCGCACAGGCCCAACCUCCCACUACUACAUCAGGCCCUUACUUCCUCACCUGUGUGGCAUCACUCCUCAACUAUUUAUCACAUUGCUUUAUGAUUUGCUUAAGGUUGCAUUGUGCAAUUAAUAAAGGUUUGUUAAAACAAAUCAAAA